AUGGCUGGAGGAGGUGGUGGUAGUCGCGGUACUUGGGUGAUUCAGACAUGCAGGGCGUGCAGUGACAUUAUGACGGGGCCGUCUAUCACAUGCGGCAGUUGUGCUACAGCUGUGCACGCUCAUUGCGCCACGCGGCGCAUGGGCCAGGUGGUGUGCACGCUGUGCGCCCAGGAGUUGGACUUCCAGAUCCAGAACCACAGGCUUCAGUCGAGAAUCCACACGGAGAACGUGGGGCUCGGCAGGAUCAUGGGGGCGAGUGGGCAAUUCGCUGGUCAGGCGUUCGGCGCGGUCGCCAGCGGUGCAGUCGGAGGAGCGGCUCGACUGGUGUCCGGCUGCGCGAGCGGCGCAGUCGCAGCCUUUCAAGGCAUGCGUGCGGUGGAGACGCCAUCCGCGACUCUAGCAGGUCCGACGCGGCCACGACAGCUGGAGGAGUACGACAUUUCGGAUGCAGGCAGCGGAGCUGCCUCCGCCCAGGACUCCGACAUGAAGCAGAUGCUCGUCGAGGUGCGCGCGACGAUGAAGGUCGAGAUGGCCAGGCUGCGCUCCGAGAAUGAGCGCCUACGUGCCGCUGGUUCGAGCGCGGGCCAGGACGGUGGCUACGCGACGCCGAGCCUGGACGUCGACCCUUCGGCUGUGGACGCAGCUGGCGACGAUGCUCACCAUGAUGAUGCCGUCGGUCGCAACAUCGAGGGAGAAUACGACGUCGAUUGGUCUACUCAUGCACCUCUUGGUGCCGAGCAGUCGGGCGAGGUGAACGACAUCCGGCUGGCCGGGGCGGGGAGGUCUGGCGUGGGACACGCCGGCUCCCCGAUCAUCACGACAUCGCCAGAGCAUAUCGAGCAGACGGUGGUCCACGAGCUGGCGAACCCUCCUGGACUCGGCGCCUGUCCGGCUGGUGGUGGGACCACCGUGGCGACGGGCACUCUCGACAAGGAGGUCCUGGAGGCCCGCAUGGCCAUGGAUAUGGCGGAGGAGGACCUGGAGGCUUUGGAGGCGGACCUGGAGGACCAGGCGGGCCAGGCGGAACUGGUCCAGGCGGUUUCGGAGGCGAUCCGAAUCUUCCGGGAGGACGUGGUGGAGGAGCGCGACGUGAUGCUCGAGACCACCCUCGCGAAGCUGAAGGCCGCCGACUUCGCUCCACUGGUCUGGAAGGGGCCGGUUGCUGCGAAACCGGGCGUGCUUGAGCAUUGGGUGCAGCGGCUGACGCUCGACUUGGGCGGCAUGCACCACCUGAUCGAGCGCUACUGGCAGCGGGUGCUGUUCCACGUGAGCGAGGCGUACGCGUCGUACCUUCGUCACGGGCCGCUCGAUCGCCCAGCGAUCAGGCCAGCUCGACCUCAGGAUGUCAUCGUGCACGUGCAGGACAGCGUGAACUUCCACUCCUGCGAGCUCCGGCUCCGCGGCUUCCUGCUGGCAGUGAUGCCAGCCUGCGUGAAGGAGAACUGCCUCAGCACCCGCCAGACGAGCACGACUGACAUCAUGUUCGCUGCAUUCGUGGACGCUGGUCCCGGAACCGGGCCAGACAAAAAGCACACCCUAGAUUCGGUGAGCAGGGGCAGAGAGGUGGGCUUCAGGCAGUGCUACCACGAGCUCCAGGCUUGGAAGUUCGCGGCCACGAGGCUGGCGACGCUCGGAGUGGCUGCCCCCGAUGCCUCAGUCCAGCUCACCGCCCUGAAAACGAUCGCCUCCAAGUUGGUUGAGCACGACCAGGAGGUCAAGCACCGCUGUUACGGCUUCCUCGUGACCCGCGGACUGUCUGGCGGAGUGGCGAGCCAGGCGCAGGUGAACGAGCUCUGGCGAUACCUCAGCGCGGAGGCGAGGGAGUUCGCGGACGCGGCGGCGCCGAAGGACGACCCCGCUGCGAAACUCGCCUUGCGGCACCCUUCCAAGGGGGACCCUAAGGGCGCGAGUCCGAAGAGUGAUCCAAAGGGUGGGGAGGCGAAGGCAGAUGCCGGCAAGAACGGGUACCAGCAGAACUUGAAGGUCUGCACGUUCUUCAGCACGCCCGGAGGCUGCAGCAAGGGCAAGCAGUGCACGUGGCACCACCCGCGCUUUGACGGCUGCCGAUAUUCGUGCGGAGAUCCGCAGUGA